AUGAUGGAUAUGGAUGAGGCUCAAGAGUAUGAUCCGGAAAUGAUGAAUGAAGACGAUAACGAUGAAGAAGAAAUCACUCAGGAAGAUGCAUGGGCGGUUAUUUCAGCGUACUUCGAAAGUAAGGGUCUGGUUCGUCAGCAGCUGGAUUCCUUCGACGAGUUCAUCCAGAACACAAUGCAGGAAAUUGUUGAUGAAUCCGCUGAUAUUGAGAUUCGACCUGAGUCACAGCAUAAUCCGGGUCAUCAAUCGGAUUUCGCGGAGACGACUUACAAGAUAAGUUUUGGCCAGAUUUACUUGAGUAAACCGAUGAUGACAGAAUCUGACGGAGGAACUGCUACCUUGUUUCCUAAGGCAGCUAGGUUAAGAAACCUUACUUACUCAGCCCCUUUGUAUGUUGAUGUUUCUAAGAGGGUUAUUAAGAAAGGACAUGAUGGUGAUGAACUUACUGAGGCUCAAGAUUUCACCAAAGUUUUCAUUGGCAAGGUUCCUAUAAUGCUUCGGUCUAGUUAUUGCACGUUAUUUCAAAAUUCGGAGAAGGAUUUGACUGAACUUGGAGAGUGUCCCUAUGAUCAAGGCGGAUAUUUCAUUGUUAAUGGCAGUGAGAAGGUUCUCAUUGCUCAAGAGAAGAUGAGCACCAAUCAUGUCUACGUCUUCAAGAAAAGGCAGCCUAAUAAGUAUUCUUAUGUGGCCGAAGUUCGGUCCAUGGCAGAGUCCCAGAACAGACCACCCAGCACUAUGUUUGUACGCAUGCUCGCUCGAACUAGUUCCAAAGGGGGUUCUUCAGGGCAAUACAUACGAGCUACUCUUCCAUAUGUUCGAACCGAAAUUCCUAUUAUUAUUGUGUUUCGGGCAUUGGGAUUUGUCGCUGACAAGGAUAUACUUGAACAUAUAUGCUAUGACUUCUCGGAUACUCAAAUGAUGGAGUUGCUUCGUCCUUCCCUGGAAGAAGCAUUUGUAAUACAGAAUCAACAGGUUGCACUUGAUUACAUUGGGAAAAGAGGAGCGAAUGUUGGUGUAACCAAGGAAAAAAGAAUAAAGCAUGCUAAGGACAUCCUUCAAAGGGAGAUGCUUCCACAUGUUGGUGUUGGAGAGUAUUGCGAGACCAAAAAAGCUUACUAUUUUGGAUAUAUCAUUCACCGGCUUCUACUGUGUGCACUUGACCGGAGGGCUGAAGAUGAUCGAGAUCACUAUGGAAAUAAAAGGCUGGACCUGGCAGGUUCUUUGCUUGGUGGUCUCUUUAGAAAUCUAUUCAAAAAGUUAACUAGAGAUGUCAGGGGUUAUGUACAGAAGUGUGUUGAUAAUGGGAAGGAUGUUAACCUGCAAUUUGCUAUUAAAGCCAAAACCAUCACGGGUGGACUUAAAUACUCACUUGCUACUGGCAAUUGGGGGCAAGCAAAUGCUGCGGGUACUAGGGCUGGAGUGUCACAGGUGCUAAAUCGCUUAACUUAUGCAUCCACUUUAUCUCACUUGCGAAGAUUAAAUUCUCCCAUAGGACGUGAAGGGAAGUUGGCCAAACCAAGACAGCUGCAUAAUUCACAAUGGGGAAUGAUGUGUCCGGCAGAAACACCCGAAGGACAAGCUUGCGGACUGGUGAAGAAUCUGGCCUUGAUGGUCUACAUAACUGUUGGUUCAUCAGCAUAUCCAAUUCUGGAGUUUUUAGAAGAAUGGGGUACAGAAAAUUUUGAGGAAAUUUCUCCUGCGGUGAUUCCCCAAGCUACAAAAAUUUUCGUAAAUGGUUCCUGGAUGGGCAUUCACCGUGACCCUGAUAUGUUGGUCAAAACACUGAGAAAGCUGAGACGUCGGGUUGAUGUUAAUACUGAAGUUGGGGUUGUUAGAGAUAUCCGUCUCAAAGAACUGCGCAUAUAUACAGAUUAUGGUCGCUGCAGUCGUCCUUUAUUCAUUGUGGAUAAACAAAGGCUUCUCAUAAAGAAGAAGGACAUCCUUUUUUUGCAACAAAGGGAAUCCCCUGACGAAGGCGGAUGGAAUGAUCUUGUGUCCAAGGGAUUUGUAGAAUAUAUUGACACCGAAGAGGAAGAGACUACUAUGAUUUCUAUGGCCAUUAAUGAUCUUGUACAAGCAAGGCUCAAUUCAGAUGAAGCAUAUUCUGAUACUUACACUCACUGUGAAAUCCAUCCAUCACUGAUUUUGGGUGUAUGUGCUUCCAUCAUACCAUUUCCUGAUCAUAAUCAGUCCCCUCGUAAUACGUACCAGUCUGCAAUGGGAAAACAAGCAAUGGGAAUAUAUGUUACCAACUAUCAGUUUCGAAUGGAUACCUUGGCCUAUGUAUUGUAUUAUCCUCAAAAGCCACUAGUCACUACAAGAGCCAUGGAGCAUCUUCAUUUUCGUCAACUCCCUGCUGGAAUUAAUGCCAUUGUGGCCAUUUCAUGUUAUUCUGGUUAUAAUCAAGAAGAUUCUGUCAUCAUGAACCAAUCAUCAAUAGACCGUGGCUUCUUUCGGUCUCUGUUUUUCCGUUCAUACAGAGACGAAGAGAAGAAAAUGGGAACCCUUGUCAAAGAAGAUUUUGGUCGGCCGGAUAGAGCUAGCACCAUGGGUAUGAGGCAUGGUUCUUAUGAUAAGUUGGAUGAUGAUGGUCUUGCUCCAGCUGGCACAAGAGUGUCUGGUGAGGAUGUUAUUAUUGGAAAGACCACUCCUAUAUCUCAGGAGGAGGCUCAAGGACAAUCUGCCCGCUACUCAAGACGUGAUCACAGCAUAAGCUUACGCCAUAGUGAAAAUGGAAUUGUUGAUCAAGUUCUAUUGACAACAAAUGCUGAUGGACUGAGAUUCGUGAAAGUAAGGGUGAGAUCUGUUCGAAUACCACAGAUUGGUGACAAAUUCAGUAGUAGACAUGGUCAGAAGGGGACAGUUGGUAUGACUUAUACACAAGAAGACAUGCCCUGGACUGUGGAAGGCAUCACUCCUGAUAUUAUUGUCAAUCCACAUGCUAUACCUUCCCGAAUGACAAUUGGUCAGCUUAUUGAGUGUAUCAUGGGUAAGGUUGCAGCACACAUGGGAAAAGAAGGGGAUGCUACUCCCUUUACCGAUGUUACAGUGGACAAUAUCAGCAAAGCUCUACACAAAUGUGGAUACCAAAUGCGAGGUUUUGAGACAAUGUACAAUGGUCAUACAGGGAGGCGUCUCAGUGCAAUGAUUUUCCUUGGCCCUACCUAUUACCAAAGAUUGAAGCAUAUGGUGGAUGACAAGAUUCAUUCUCGUGGACGAGGUCCCGUGCAGAUUCUUACAAGGCAACCUGCUGAGGGGCGCUCACGAGAUGGAGGUCUUCGAUUUGGAGAGAUGGAACGUGAUUGCAUGAUAGCCCAUGGAGCUGCUCACUUCCUAAAGGAAAGAUUGUUUGAUCAAAGUGAUGCAUAUAGGGUCCAUGUGUGCGAAUGCUGUGGGAUCAUAGCUAUUGCAAAUCUGAAGAAGACUUCUUUUGAAUGCAAGGGCUGCAAGAACAAAACCGACAUUGUUCAGGUUUACAUUCCUUAUGCUUGUAAGCUGCUCUUCCAAGAGCUAAUGGCUAUGGCCAUAGCUCCAAGAAUGCUUACUAAAGAGGUCAAAUCUAUAAAAGACCAAAAGAAGAAAGGCGCGUGA